AUGCCUGUCCUUUACCUGGAGGGGAUGUGCACAAAAAAAUUCCUGCCAUGGCGACUAGUAUACUGCGACCUGCAUGCAGGCUCGCCAAAAGCAAAAAAAAGAUUGGAAUGGUCAAGAGGAAGGUCUUGCCCGGACUCGAACCGGGGUUACCAGAACACUGAAUUGGAGGAUCAGAAUCUGGAGUGA